AUGAGCGACGACGACAUCCCUAUGGACGCAGAUAUUGAGCGUCUAUUGCUAGAGGAAUUUGCGCCGUCCGAUCAGAUUGCUUCAAUGAAAGCAUCCAUAGAUACACUAGUUGGAACGGUGAAAGAUCUAGCAUGCAAGAAUGCUCUUCAGGUGAGGGUGUCUCGUGAUAUAAUGUCAGACAAAAUUCAAAUUCUCCGAGACAUGCCCAAAACCAUACUAAGCUGCUUCAACGAUUACUUCCCGCUGGAAAAAACGCAGGAAGUCGAACAAACCUUAAGUACUCUUUUCGAGCCAAACCUGAAGACUCUGCAAGGAGAACUUCGAAAAUUAGAUUUUGUCCGCGAGCGAUUACACUCACUAGGCUCGCUGAUAGACAAGUUGAUACCGGUGUCACUAACGGAAAUACUGGCACAGGCAGAACAUGACGACAGCUGCAUGCGCGAAUUAGCACAUCUGCUGGAUGUGGACACAAUGCAAGUGGUAGAUAAAGUAUCAGAGCUUGUAAAAACAGUCUCGAGAAAAAAUAUGACAGAAAAUGCAGUAACACCACUUGUUUUAGACAGUUCAGUUCAGGUUCCACAGCAGAGCGCGGUGUCGUCAAGCGCGGUUCCGAACCCCGCGGCAAUCGAACAACUGAACCGGUUCGAGUUCGAACCCGUGGACUAUCACGCUACCUUUGAUCCAAUCGCAGCCGCGCAAGCUCGAAAAGACGAACAAGCAGCAGCAGAAGCAGAAGGAAUCCCCUUGGACAAUCCCGACACCAGGGCACCAAGAUCUGUAAAACAAGCAGGAUUUAAAGCUAUAGUCGAGGCUUUGUGCGAUAAAUUCAAGGAAAACGAAUCUUCCGCACAGUUAAAUGCCUACAUGAAGCUGAAGACGCUGCGCAAAGAAGGUGACGUGACAAGCUAUUGCGUUGAAUUAGAGAAGAUCACGCAAAGAGCUUAUCCUGGAGCCUCUGAAGAGGAGCUGUCGCGUACAAGAGCAUCAGAACUGGUUGCGCAGCUAUCCGAUUGGCCAGAAUACCUUCAGCUGUACACGGCAAUGGAAAGGAACGCAGACCUGCAGAAAAGAACCGUCCACAGGCCCAGACAAAAACAGAAUGCUGCACCGGCGCCGUUGGCAGUCCAAAUCAAGGACAACCAAGCGCCCGCAUCUCAUAAAAAGCUACCGAAAUGUUACAAAUGCAACGAGUAUGGACAUUUUUCGAGGGACUGCAAGAAAACUGUAGCUGCUAAAGCCGCAGCGAGCACAGAGAAAACUGGCGGAACCCUCCCAAACGCGCCAAGUGUUUUCACCGCAUCCGCGCACAAACGGCUAAGUAUAAUGGAAGAAACGUCAUCGACAUGCAAAGGUCUAGUAGGAGAGCGAAUGACCAAAACAGUGAAGCUUCUUGGGCUGUCACGAAAAGCGCUCUUAGAUACUGGAUCCCAGAUAAGCAUAAUACCGCUCGAAGUGCUACGAGCAGGUCGCACGUCUGGUUUCAACUUCGAUGAGGACGUUGAAGAGUUUCCAUUACCGAGCCAAGCGCCAAUCUACGAUGCCUCAGGCAACAAAAUGCAGUUCGAGGGAGCAGUAAGGUUGACAAUAGAACUUGAGAGAGGCGAGAAACGCCGUGUUGCAUUAUUCGUAAAGGCUGGAGGAGACAAUACGUUAGUUUUGGGAACCAACGCUUUGCAAACCCUCGGAGUCAGCCUUCUUACGGACAAUGCUAAUCAUAACCAAGGGCAACACCUCGAGGACACGCGACCCACUGUCACUGCAGAUGAGGCGAAAGGCAAAACACGGGUGAAAGAGAGAAGGUCACCGACUACUAGUCAAGCGGUGGUGGCCAAACGAACAUACCUUCGACCAGGUGAAACAAAACUGCUUCCCUACGAUGUUCCAACGAACAAAGGAAGGACUCUGCUUGGCGUCGACAACGUGCUGAACCUGCGAUACAGAUGCAACUGUGGACUGUUCGGACAAAUGGCCCAUGUAGCUCUACCAGGCCUAACACACCCGAUGGCCAGGUCCAAGAAAGUGCUGGACAUGUUUCAACUUGCUAACGUGGCAUCAAUCGCAGAACAGGCGUGCUGGGGCGACGAGAGGAAGGAGGAAGAGCUCAGGAAAAAGAGCUCCUGCUACAUCACCCCGUAUGGAUUGGCGCUUGCCAUAGAUGCCCAUCGCCGACGUUGCAUAACAUAUGCGGAUGCCGUGGAAAGCGCCAGAGGGCUGAAGUUUGACCACCCUGCAGUGUUCUCCUGGCCAGUGCCAUACGAUCUUGGAGCACAUCUAACGACUGCCAUUGCUCUCCAAGGCAAGCUACGGGUACCUGGUGCACAAGUGGAUAGAGAGCCGGAGAUCUUCAUCGCAUUGCCGCCUGCCUUCGCUCGUGUCAACUCUGAUGUGGAUUAUGGGCGCAACGUGACGCCGUACGUGUACGCCGAUUGGAAUGGAUUAGCAGAGAAGCUUGUGACGAUGCCGAUCGUAACCUCCCUGAUCGUUGUGUGGCCCGAUACUACGCCGGAAAGUCGGGAGAUGCGCCAAGUGCUGAUCGCAUUGGAACGCCACUUGCAGCCUGGAGGCUCGCUUGCAUUCUUUCCGAGCCCAUACGAGGAUGACAAUAAUACGGAAUGGAUGCAUAUGGGACGGGUCUGCGCUGAAUACGUCCGCUACAUGACGGACCCGCAGCGUUCCUUUGAAGCUAUCGUGCGGGAUCACUACAGUGACGUCUUGGAAGGAGCGCCGUUCACCCACCCUGCCGCAUGCUUGGGUACGCACCCGCGCCGCGGUAGGUCACAGUUCGGUGGCUACCAGAUCAGGCUUUUCUUGGAUAAGUUGCGAGUCACCAUCAACGACUUGGUAAAGAUGGACGAAUUCGAAAUGGCCUCUGAGGAACUCAGGGAACGACGUCAGAGGGAGAAGCAGGACCAGAGGCGACGCCGACGCGAGGAAAGGAUGCCAAACUUCUUUGUCAUCAGGGACCCGGAGCGUGUUCGUCACAAUCGUCCAAUUUCGUUCCGAAGACAUGCUGAUGUGGCAGGACCCAGUACGUCAAGGAGACGUUAUUCGCCGACUGGGAACCGCAGGUCACGUUCGAAGGGCCGUUCCGAACGUCAUGGAUCAGAAGCACAUCGUUCGUCACACCGAGGGGAACAUCGUCACGAGUCACGCCACACUGGACCGCGAAGAAAGUAA